ACUGAUUGUUCAAUUCCCGUCAAACUUUGAUAUCCAUGGCGCAGCUAGAAAACGGUUCAGAAAUAAACUUCUCAUUUGCUGGAAUGAAGAAUUUAGUUAACCGACUCCCUUCACCGUUCAACCUUAAGACCAUACCCGUCAUUGCUUUGAUUGCAUGCUACACCGUUAUGGAGUUGUUGGUGGUGUCUACUUUGGUGGAUUACUUGUCGGAUUCAGGGAAGGUGAAGGAUCUACGAAUAACUGCUGCUUUAAACAAUCUACAAGAUAGUCUAUCGUCUCUCCUUUUCAUUUUUGUUUCUCUGAUCUCAGAAGCAUAUACGGGUCCUUUCAAUAUGAUCACCGUUUGCUCUGCAGCUUCCAUCCAGGGUUUGAUGCUACUAUGGAUAUCAGCUUCUUCAGCAUUCCGUGCAGUCUAUGCAGCCAUGUUGUUCCUUGCACUAGGGAAAAGUGGUCAAAAGCUUUUAGAAAAUUUUCUAGAACAUCAGGAGGAAGCGACACUUAUUGAAGCAACAAAAAAAUGCGAAAUAGAAUAUGGAAGCACAAUAAAGAAAAAUGAGGAACUAUUGUUUUUUGUUGGAUUCCUGGCAAUAGUAUUUACAAGUUUUUUCAUUGAAUCUUACGAGGAACUAUUCAGAUAUUUAGCAGUUUCCAUGGGAGGGGGUUAUCUUCUAUUCCUCUUUGGAAGUACGAAGUAUAGGCACGAAAAAGUAGCUGUUGAAAGCAAUCUAGGGAGGAUCUUCAGAAUCUGCAAAGCAACUUGUGGGAGAAAAAAGUCAGAUUUUCCAGCCUCUAUAAUUCAACAACAAGAUUCAAGACAUCUUGAAGUAAGUCCCGACACGCAAGAAGGGGAUGGGAGAGUUUGCACGGUAAAGGACGUGAGGGAUGUGAAGAGCCUUGUUCCUAUGUUCCGCCUCUGCUUUGCCUUCUUUGCUUACAGUUUACUCGUGGCUACUGGGAACACAUAUUUUGUUGCACAAGCUAGCACCAUGCUAACAACCAAAGGUUUUGAUAUCUCUAAACUCUUUUUGAUCAAAACCGGCGUGGGAAAAGUGUCGCAAUUCAUCUGCUUUUUGAUCAUGGCAUGCUUGCGUUGUAUGAGAACUACAGAUUUUACGUCGAAAAGAUUUGCAGUCGGGACUUCGAUUAUAAGGAUUGUUUUUGGCAUGUUCUGUGCCGUAAUUUGCUGCUUGGUAGCACGGAAAGUGGAGUUUCAGAGAUUGUCUUUGCCUGUGAUGAUAGAUGAGAAUAACGGAGAACGGAUACGUCCAGUAAGAAUCACAGCCUUAGUUCCGCAGUUUAUACUUUUGGGAAUGACGGAGGCACUUGUUGAGGGCGGUUUAGAGAGUUUAUUUCUUGCCCACGUCGCAAAAUCAAUGCAGAGUUUUGUGGAUUCCUAUAGUGAAUUGGUGCAUAGUAUUGGCAAACUCUUCCUUAUUCCACUCGUCUUAACUUUCGGUGGCAGCUGGUUCAAGGAGAGUAUAGACACUACCCAUUUAGACAGGUUCUAUCUGAUGUUGGGAAUAUUGAACGCAGCCUUCCUCCUUGUUUUUAUAUACUCCUCCUUCAAAUACUCAUACAAGGGGAUAUGUUAUGAGGAUGACGAUGAUCAUCAACCUGAUACAGAGGCUUUCAAUGAACAAGGUAAUGUUGAAGCAGAUGUUGAAAAACACAGUGAAGACGAAGUUGAAGCAAAUGUUGAAGAAAACGAUCAAGACCAAGUUGGAGCAAAUGUUGAAGAAAAUAAAGUUCAAGUUGAAGCAAUUGUUGAAGAACUAGUUUAAGAUAACGAAAAGGAACAAAUUUUUGAAGAAAUUUUGAAGAACAAGAUGAAGAAAACCAUCAUGUGGUACUAUUUUGUAUUCUGAAUCUCUGUUUGAUUUUCGAUAUCUUCAUUGA